UAUUAUUGUUAUUAAUAUUAUUAGACUUGCAACAAAUGAAACUAUGUAGUUGCAACAUAGUCAAUUUCAUGAUGUAUCGAUGUCUAUAUCUGCUUACCUGAAUCCCACCUGCAAUAAUGCCGGCACUGGUUGCCUUUGGACGACGUUGGGCCAUUGGCAGUGAUGACUUUGUCUUUCCAGGAAUUACAUCUGUUUUUAUAAGACUCCUUUGGGUCGCUGCUGUGUGUGCUGUCUACAUUUCAAACAAAGAAACACUUCGUUGCCCUGGUGGGGAACUGCUGGAGAUAUACUUCAUUGGCUUCAUUGCAUUGGUCAGUUUCACCAUUAUUCUAGAGUUGGUCAUUGUUUAUGUCAGUGGACAAGGCUCAAUUACAAACACACACCCUCGACGAUUCAUGCCGCAGCUCUUAUACCUUCGUCUUGUGAUAUUCUUCCUGGAACUUGUAUGGAGUGCAGUUGGGGCAUAUUGGGGAUUUAGCAAAUGGGAAGAGAGGUCUUCCGAUGAAGGAGACUCCUGUGAUAUUGAGGUUGUUCGUGCUGUUAAAGGCACAGUCAUUACUAGCUGGAUUAUUUCGUUUAUCAUUUUGAUCGCAGUAAUCAUCUUUUUUGACCCUCUUGGUAACCUGAAUGAAGAUCCCCAUGAAAAUACGGAGGAUGGCAUGGAUGGUUUAUCACAAUCACGAGAGUUUCUGGCAACUACAAGUAAUGCAGCAAAGCAAGUCUGGGAGAGGAGGUGUCGUCUGCUCUGUUGUUGUGCUGGUAGUGAUGAAAAUUCCCAAGAUGCAUUUGCUGAUGUGUCUGCUUUAAUGGCUGUAUUUUUCAAGAAUCUUGAUAUUGUGCCUUCAGACAUUGCCGCUGGACUAGUUUUACUGCAGUAUGAUCAAGAGAGGCACAUACGUCGUGGAGAGCGCCCUCAUAUUCCUAAACGUAACAUCCCAACUAUAGUUCCCACUGAAGUUCCACUUGAGGUGGAGGUCCGCAAAGCCAGCCAUUUUAUUUUUUAUGCAUUAGGAUGUUAUGGGUGGAUGUUUUAUGUGUAUGACAACUUACUAUGUGGAUUAUGCAAGCUUAGUAAGAAUUGUCGUUGCUGUAUGUGUUGCCGUUCAGAUCGUGUGUCUCAGUACGACAACUGUUGUGACUGUAACACAUCAGCUGUGAAACAGCUUACUAAACUAAAUGAUGACGACAUUGUACAUAUGAGCUACAAGAAUAAGAUAUACGAGGUCCCAUUCUUUGUAGCCUUGGAUCAUCAUGAGAAAGCAGUUGUUAUUUCAAUCAGAGGAACAUUAUCAUUGAAAGAUGCAUUGACUGAUGCCACGGCAGACAGUGAGAAGAUGGACAUUGAAGGACGUGAAAUCUAUGCCCACAAGGGAAUCCUACGCAGCGCCACCACCAUCAAAACAAUCUUGACCGAAAACCAAAUCUUAGAAAAAGCCUUCCAGAAAGCUAAGAGUGAUGACUACAGUGUUGUGGUGGUUGGUCAUAGUCUUGGAGCUGGUACUGCAUCACUCUUAUCAAUCAUGCUUAAGUCCAGGUGGCCAUCAUUGAGCUGCUUUGCAUAUGCUCCACCUGGUGGAUUGGUCAGUGAUGCCGGAGUGAAUUAUUCUGCUGAUUUCAUCUGCUCAGUUGUGCUGGGGGAAGAUGUCGUCCCUAGAUUAACAUUAGAAACACUCGAUGAUUUGAAGGAACGAAUGGCAUCUGUUAUUAAGAAAAGCAACAGACCAAAAUAUCAGCUAAUGCUUGGGGCAUGCUGGUACACAAUCUGUGGUUUCCCGGAGAAGUUGCCCGACGAUGAAGAGGGGAGCGGGCAGCAUGAAGCAUUGGAUCCUCAACAGCCACUCAUCGUGGAUGCACCUGGAUCACCCGCCCGCCAGGUGUACUCAGGUGAAGGUAGUAGCACCUCCAGCACCUCACAAGGUGUGCAAAAGAUUCCUUUAUUUCCACCUGGCCAUUUCAUUUGGAUCAAAGAAAAGGACUUAACUAACAGAACUUUCUGCAAAAAUAAAUGUUAUGAGGCACAGUUUGGACGUCAUGAUGACUUCUCCUACAUCAUCGUCAAUCCCAGCAUGGUAACGGAUCAUCUACCCAACAACCUCUUCCGUGCAUUAUGCUACCUUAAUGAGCAACAGCCAACAGAAGAGGUUUGAUGUCAUCAUCGUCAUGCGUUUAACACAUUCGCUGUCAGUGACACGCCCACAUCCCCACA